AUCAGCUCUCUUCCUUUCCCUCUGUAUCUCCCUCUCUCUUUCUCCGCCACCAUGUCGUUCUCCUCUGGCUCUAGCGCCGGUGAAGGAGACCCGGAGGUCGGCUUCGCGAAGCUACAGGGGGAAGACUUCGAAUAUUAUAUGCAGACCUACUCGAUCAUUCUGGGGAGGAACAGCAAGCGCGCAGAGGUGGAUGUAGACCUAACGAGCCUGGGCGGUGGAAUGAGCAUCUCUCGCAAACACGCCCGCAUCUUCUACGAUUUCUCUCGCCGGAGAUUCGCUCUAGAGGUUCUCGGCAAGAACGGAUGCUUGGUUGAAGGCGUCCUCCACGUUCCCGGCACAGCGCCGGUCAAGCUUGAUUCGCAGGAUCUUCUUCAGAUCGGGGAUAAGAAGUUUUAUUUCUUACUUCCUAGCCGGUCUUUGUUCGCAUCCGUCGCUGCGCCUCGCAGCCAGGUCGCGGUUCCAAAACCUAUGCCCCAGUCGGGGCGGUUGGUUUCUAGGGGAGAGGAACGGAUCUUUUGGCGGGGUGAUGGUGAUGAGGAGGAGAGGGGUGAAGAGGAAGAGGAGGGGGUUUCGAAGAGACUUAGGAGGGACUCAAGGGAUGUGGGAACAUCAGAGAAAAUUGCUACAAAGUCCAUGAAAAGGUCAAGGGCUAAUAGAGAGGCAGAUAACUAUAAACUAACGCUGUUAGAAGAGAAAGAUGUUCUCUCUUCAGUAGCCUCUGUACUGUCCGAUAGAUGUCGUCCAGGAGAAUGGAUGCCCGUGGCCAAACUUCAUACUGAGAUGGUAGAACGGUAUGGCAACAUAUGGCAUCAUGGUAAGGUGAGAAGGUAUUUAACUUCCGAAGAUUUGCCUCAGCGAGAGACCGAAGGAACACCAUGGUUUGGUCUGUCGAUGCUCCUGAGAAAAUACCCGGAGCACUUUGCAAUCAACACAAGGUCAAAGGGAAGCGCCAUUACUGAGUUUGUUUCGCUGCUUUCUUUGAUCUCAUAGAAUCAGUUCAAAGCCCCCUCGUGAUAAAGUAGAAGCACACUUUAUCACUUGCAAGUUUUGAACUAGUUUUCUUUUUUAUUUAUGGAAAAUAAUGUUGCUGAGCAA